AUGUUCGAGCGGGAAUGUCUCCUGCUCUUCAUCCUGAUCUACCACAUUAAGCGGACGUCCUCGAUAUGUGGCCAAGCCUCUGGAGAAGAGAUCACUUAUUUAUACGAUUACUCUGCUAAUGGUAAGUUUGACAUGUAAGUUAUAUUCUAUCAGAUUCCCCGACAUCAAUCUAUACUCCUACUGUCAUCUCUGCCGAGCCUUCGUUGACUUGUAAAUCCACAGUUAAAGCGGGGGUACUCAAAAAUGAAACCUUCUUAUGCAAUCGAUUAUGUGUUACGACGAUGACGCCCUUGAUAAAGAAAACCAAUACAACCAGUAAGCACUGCUAAUUAAAGAGAAUUACUUCAGCCUCCUAUAAUUACACGAACGAUUUUCUUGUCCCAGCUGGCUUCGAGAUAAAUCGUCAUAUCCAGCCAGUUAUUUGUGCCAAAACAUCUGAGCUUUGCGGAGCCACAAAACCGCUCUAUUGGAACAAAAAUACGGGAGAGCGUAAGAUCGUUUAAUAGAUUCUGUUUAUUUCUUGCUGGGGUUGUUGAGCCUUCAAUAUGAAUCAGUAAUAUUUUCAAAUUGGUGUCGGUUGCGUCAUAUCAAAUUAAACCGUCAAGUUAAAAACUCUCUUACUGCUUUAUAUGGCGGCAUGCCAAGCCGCCGUACUAUUUACAAUAAUUUUUGCGACACUUCGUUCUAAAACCAAACCCCAUAAAAUUUACGAGAAAUAAGACACUAAUGACGAAUUACAGUAUCCCUGACAAAUGAUUAUGAUCCCUUCGACAAACCGAUUUGUUUCAUUUGGGGCGAAGACUCUAGUCAAUAUCAGAGAAUGUUAAAGUAA